AGCUGGAUUCCUCAGGAGAGCGGCGAGGAAAGUUCUUCUCAUCCUGCCUUCUUCUUGACGUCCUCUUGUUCUGGGUCGUUGACGCCCAGUUCAUUACCUUUGAGAUUUAUCGCUUCAACAUGGCGCUUACAGUGACAACGGCCAAAUAUGUCCUCGUUCCCAUCAUUCUCGCAACUUUCAUUAUCUACUCGGGUUUCUGCUUGUAUCUACAUGUCACGCAAAUACCGGGUGUUUCGAUUACUUUGUCGAGCGAAAUACCAACUCUUCCUUACUUCGUGUUUGUUGUGCCGUAUGGAGCAGAUGUUGCCAAUAUUUUCAACCGGCGCGCUGCACAAGCGCAGCCGUUAUGGCAACCUUUUCUCGUAAUUGAUUCGCAAAAGGAACGGGCAUUGGGACCGAAUCAAGCGUCGACAUUUGGAGAGCCAUUAGUCAAUUGGUUCUCGCUUCAGAAUCGAAGCUUCGUCCAUAACACCGCGCCAUCCGAAGCGCUCCCCAAUGUUUCGACACUGUAUGUACUGGACCCUGAAGGUCGGAAAUGGAAACCGCCACACCUACAAUUUGUCGUGUCUCUGAAUAGAUCUAGGCUCUUCACUGAUCCAAAUGGAAGGCCCCCAGCGUCAGCUUUAUUGCAGAUGUCCCUCCUUGGCAGUAGACUCACAACGGAGCAGGAUUUUGGUCAAACGCGACCCAUCAACGUCUCCGCCCUUCCGGAGAAUUUCAAUGGCUUUACGGACCUUCGUGCAAGAGCGGCCCUGUCGAGAGAUAUCAAUCCGCUUGUCCAAGAGGGUUCCUGGGGCUAUGAGACAACGUACGGCAUUCGAGCUUAUGAAUACAAAUAUUUGAAUGGUUCGCACGAGAUAUUUUACGAGAUUGCAAAUGUUGGACAAUUUCAAAUGCCAUCUGCAGAUACAAUUGUCGUACGAGUCCUACUAUCGUCACAAUGGACGACUGUCUAUACCGAGUACCAAGCCAUUUCUUGGUCCCAAACAUUAUCAUCCAUCGCAACAAGUUUCCAGAUAUUAUUGUUGACCGGGUUAAUGUUCUUAUUUGGCCAAGGACGAUUUAGUCCUUACGGAUUGAUUCAUCGUCUCUUACCACAAUCAAGUAUGCCAACUUACGUUCCCCUCGGAACUGACGAAAUGUCCAGGUUUCGCUUUUUUGUUAACGAGUACCUAGACACCUCGGUCCUUGGUGCCGCUGCUGCGGGUCUAACUGGCAUGGUGCCGCCAUCCCGGAAACGACCACUUCCAGUGUCAGCUGUUUCGAUCCUGGCGGUUAUAUUUGCUACCACCGCUUUCAUCCUUUAUAUGCUGGCGCUUUUUGGUGGAAAUCGUGAUUUGUUUGUCAAGGAGGUGAAUUUUUUGACAAUCGCAAAUGAAACUGAGCCAGCCGAUACCCGCACAACUUUAGGGCUGGGACUAUGGGGCUACUGUCGAAUCACACGACAUACAUACCAAUGUUCUUCUGAGGUCCCCAUGUUCUCCUCGUUCAAUUUCAAUUCCACAGUGGUAAACCAAGAUGCCUACCCAAAGAAAAUGAAUGCGAUUGACUUUGUGCUCCUCCUGGGUGCUAGCGUUUUCAUGGCCAUCGCGGUCUUCAGCCGUAUCGUUUCCUUUUGGCUUCGGUCGCUUAACGGAACAUCGGACGUUGUUGCUCCGUCGACCAGCAUGGUCGCUCUUUUGAGCGGGUUUGUUGCAUUUGCGACACUGAUAAGUUAUUAUAACUCUAUCAAACGAAAUGUGGAGGAGUGGGGGAACGGAUGGAGAGGGAGGUUGGGAAUCGGUGUUACGAUUGUGGGAUUGGCCGUCUUGUUCAACAUGGUCGCAUGCGCAUUACUGAUGUGGGAAUUAAAGAUCAUGAGACAGAAGGAAAAUGAUAUGGAAAUGUGGAAGCGAUCGUCGUACGGGUUAGAUCCCAGCGUGGUGGGGCACAAUGACGGUAGAAAGAGCGCAGAUGCAGUAACAUUGGCUGAAAUGCAAGAGGACGGAGAGGACGAGGAGUUUCCUAAAAGGCGAUAAAGCGUUGCUAACCUUAGAUUGUACUGUGGUGGUUCUACUUUCUUCACCGAAUUAUUUUGUAUAUGAAAAAUUUAUCUGCAUAUAUACCCCCCCCCC